CGCUGACACGCACUGACGAUCGGUAGAAACAGGUUGUGUGUGUACGGGGGGAGGUGACAACGGUUAGCAUCACACUUCGCUGGGGAAGCAGCAAGCUAAGUUAACAAGAAACAGCGGGGGAAUUAACACUGAAUUAAUACUAUACACAGCUCAAGAGACAAAGCAGAAAACCGUAUUUCCGAGUAACGUCACGGUGAGGAUGUCUGUCCCAGCAGGAGAGGGAUGAAGAUGAAACCACUGUUAUGGAGAGUUGUGUCAGUGUUGCUGUGUGUCGCUGUAGUCUGUCGGGACCCUAGUGGUUAUGUCGGUUGCACCGAGGCGCACCAAGAGGCCCAGAGGCCCGUGUCCUCACAGGACGUCGGUUCGGAGGAAGAGUCGGGGGAAAGGAGUCAUCAUCGCAAGAUUGAGGAGAACCAGGUCUUACCUGCCCAGUCCUUAUCUGAAAAUGAGCAGUUUAUAGAGGGCGAUCGGCAAAUAGAGGAGCAGACAACAGAAGAGGUGGACGAAAACCAAUAUAUAGAGGCCUCUGAAGUAGAGGAGCCGGCUGUAGAGGAACAGUUGGAGGCAGACAAAGGAAUUUUGCAACCUGAGCCAGAACCUGAGCAAAGCUCAGAGAAUCAACAUCCUGAAACCUCCAUCACUCUAGACCAGGACUCAGCCUCCCUGCUGCCUUCCUCCCGCCCGGUCUCCGAGUUUGCUGCUGAGCUUGAAGACAACUCAAACACCCAUAAUCUUCAAGACAACAUCCCAGAUAGAGUUUCAGACGAUGAAGCUGACGUAGCUGAACCCGAGGUCAUUGAUUCUGUCCUGCUUCCAGCACACUGUGAAGAAGAAGAAGAAGAAGAAGAGAAUAACCCAUAUGACAAUGACAGCAGUCCUCCAGUUGUUCUGGAGAACACUUCCAAUGUUCACACUGCAGGUACUAAAACCCACGGUGACCCACCUCAGACUGGUCCCAGCACACAACAUCUAGAGGCCAACGCAUCAAACGUGCUAAAAGAGCAAGACCUGAGGUCCCCUGUCUCCACAAGCACCGAUUCCAGUGUGAGCAGCAAAGACCCCGAGGACAUCCCCACUUUUGACGAGUGGACGCGGAAUAUGAUGAAGGUCGAGAAUGAAAAGACUCAGUCCACUCAUACUUCUAACAAUGGCGCUCCUCCUACGGUGAAGAAGGUCCAGAAGAACUUCAAUAACUACGCCUCAGUGGAGUGUGGAGCCAAGUUACUUGGCGCUAACCCAGAGGCAAAGAGCACUUCGGCCAUUUUGAAGGAGAACAUGGACUUGUACAUGCUAAACCCCUGUAGCAAUAAAAUCUGGUUCAUCAUUGAGCUCUGUGAGCCCAUCCAGGUGAAGCAGCUGGACAUCGCUAACUUUGAGCUGUUCUCUUCUACCCCCAAAGACUUUCUGGUCUCCAUCAGUGAUAGAUAUCCGACCAACAAGUGGCUGAAGCUGGGAACCUUUCACGCCCGGGAUGAACGCACAGUCCAGAGCUUCCCACUAGAUGAGCAUCUUUAUGCUAAAUAUGUGAAGAUGUUCACCAAGUACAUAAAGGUAGAGCUGGUCUCUCACUUUGGCUCUGAACAUUUCUGUCCCCUCAGUCUCAUAAGGGUGUUUGGCACAAGCAUGGUCGAGGAGUACGAGGAGAUCGCUGAUCCUGCAGAAAGACCAGAUGAUCAGGAUGAUGACUUGGAUUAUCCUCCUGGAUAUGCACAUGGUGAAGCCAAGUUAUCCAACAAUCUGAUUGGAUCAGCAAAGGAUGUGAUUUUGAACAUGGUAAAUAACAUUGCUGUCAAUGUUCUCGGUGGAGGCUCAGAGAUGCAAGGUAACCUUUCAUCACAGGAAGUGAACAUGACAGAGCCAUCAGACCAACUUGAUACCAGCUCUCCAUCCACCACUGAAGACCUCACUUCAGUUCCAGACUCUGAAGUGGAAGAGAGUUUUCCCGACCCCAAUAUCCCGUCCUCAGAGACCUCUGAGUCAGAGACAUCUACAGCUGACACAAGCGAACUAGAGCUCCCCCAAGUGGAGGAAAACAUUGUCUUCCCUUUAGAGAAAGAGGAGGAGGAACCAAUCAGCUCUACAAUCACUCUUUUAGAAAAGGAGGAGUUUGAUGAAGAAAAAGAGCAAAGGAAUCAGCAUGAGCGCCAGAACUACUGUUCACUACUUACUUCCUUUGAUUCCUCUUGCGCAGCUUCCCUCCAGGAGUAUCUCCACCGGCAGUGUUCAGCCCUGCUGUCCAAGAAACGGAGAUGCCAAACUAUGAACAGAAAGCAAAUGAUUAUUCCCAUCCUAACACCCACGCGGCAUAUACCUCUGACUCCCUCUGCCUGCCCUGAACCUCAGCAGCAUUCCAGUGAGGUACAUCAGCCCCAUGAACGAGAACAAGCCUCCGAACAGGAGCUAGAGAGCGAAGCCAGACCGUCAGAAACGCCACCUCCCCCAGGGAACGCGGUAGAAUCUCAUAAAGAGUCUAUGUCUGAACCUCCUCUGUUGGAGCCCAGUCGGACCUCGAACCUCCCCGAACCCAGUGCCACUGACUCAUCCUCUGCCAAACCUCCUAUUGUGGAGACACCACAGCUGUCUUCUGAGGAGCCAAAGCCAGAGAAGAGCCAAGACGUGCUGGCAGAAGAGAAGCACAUUGAGCCUUCAGCCUCUCUCAGUGGCUCCAUCUAUGUAAAACCCGGGGUCAGUGCAGCAGUGGACGAUGCCUCAGUGGCACCAACAGAAGAGAAGUCUGACAUUGAGGUUUCUAAACCGGAGACAGACUUCUCAGUGCAAAUCCCAGAUAGCACGGACAAAUCCAAAGUUCUCCAUCCCACCACCUCCCCUCAAUCAGAACCUCACCCCGACCCACCAACUGUACCUGAAGGUAGCACUACUUCCUUUGAGGUAUCCCACCCUGCUCCAGACGCCAUAACAGAACUUGAGCCCUCUUCUGGUGGUCUCUCGGCCAUCACGGAAACUAAAACGGAGGAUUUCGCGGAAGACAUCCCGACAUCGUCAGGUGGCAAGCCUCCCUCGCCGUCGCUCUCAGACAUCUACGCCGAGGCCCCCAACGGCACGGAGCAGAACGGAAACACAGUGCACGGCUCCAGCCAGAAGGAGUCCGUGUUCAUGAGGCUCAACAACCGCAUCAAGGCCCUGGAGAUGAACAUGUCACUCAGCGGACGCUACCUGGAGCAGCUAAGCCAGAGGUAUCGAAAGCAGAUGGAGGAGAUGCAGAAGGCUUUCAACACAACAAUCAUUAAACUCCAGAACACUUCUAGAAUAGCAGAGGAACAGGACCAGCGUCAGACUGAGUCCAUUCAGCUGCUGCAGGGCCAGCUGGAGAAUUUCACUCAGCUGGUUCUCAACCUGUCUGUCAGAGUCAGCCAGCUGCAGGAGGAGGUGUCAGACAGGCAGAACUACCUGCUGCUGUCUCUGGUGUUGUGUCUGUGUCUCGGCCUGCUGCUGUGUGCAAACCACUGCCGCAUCGCCACCGUUCCUCCAACCACCGAACCAGAGCCACCCAUACCCAAGAGCUACACCUACUGCUGUCCUGAAAGGCAGUUCUCUUCCUGUGAGGAGACGGGCUUGAAGAGGAGUGCAUCCUAUCCACUCAUACACUCACUUGCCGCCACUGAAGGCCCAGAAAUGCUGCAUCCAGAGGAGACGCAGAGUCUUUGUCCAGCUAACAGAAAGAGGAGACGCCGUAAGAUGAAACCCACGGAGGAAGUGGAGACUCUGAAGCCCUCUAUUCAAGCUCCAGAACUGUGUAAUGGAGCUGUUUUAUGUAACGGUGCACCCAUCACCACAAACCCCACACCCCUCGCCAGAAGGUUGCUCCAACCUUUGUUUAGAGACUCGCCGUCGGAGGGCAGCUCAGAGGGGUCUUCACAUUCGGAUGACCCUUCCUUCUGUGGCAUCACCACAGCUUGCAGCCAAGUCUGUGAUGGGUUCCCUCCACCAAAGACCCGGGCGGAGAAACGGGCGUUUAGACGCAGGCGUCCAAAGCCCUGUUGUGCGGGGGGGGACUUGCUUCAGGUCCCACGGAGGGACCGGAGCGAACCAUUGCACAUCUCCACCAUACAGGAUAUCAUGAACAGAAAAACGGAGCACAGCUCUGGGACGUUUGGGGUAAAUGUUUCCCUCUCAGGUCCUGUUUGACAGGACUUCUUCUCACUGACUGCUUCCAAAAAGAGGAUGGAUGUUAUUUCUGUAGCCACAGGCAGCUUUCAGCUUCGAUAUGAGACAAUCCCUGCUCUCUUACUUUUGUUUUUUGUUGAUGCUCUCGUCAGAUGUUUAUAUUUGUUAUACUUCAAAUCAAAGAAAUGUCUUCCCAUCUUUCCAUUAAAGAUUUUAUGUUU